CGGCACAUGUGUGUGGUGAUGGAUUUUAAUUAGUCUUUGAGUGGCGGACAUGAUGUAAUCUCCCCAGAAAUUGAAAUUUAAUGAUCUACACCUGAAAUUUAUAUCAUGUUAUAAACCAAUGUUACCUCAAUUAAAAAAAAAAAAGGAAGGAAUUUUUUUAUCAGCUGUGGACCACUCAAUCUACACUUCUUUAUACGAAAAGUUCACCUUCAGCAUGAAUCUUUGGUGAACAGCUAACCUAACCGUCUACAGCACAAAGCCCUUCUGUCUGCCUUCUUUUGCCCCCUCCCUCCCUUCUUCAGGUCCCUGCAGUCUUGUCCACAGCAGCCCUGGUUCAAAGGGCUGCUUCUUUCAGGUGGCUACUUCCAGGCUGUGGAGUCACAUGCUGUCAGGAAAAGGGCUUUACAAGUGACCCUGCUGUCCAUUCAGGAGCUAGGGGGCCUCACCUCAAAAACUUAUUUAAACUUUACUUAUUUAAAACUUACUUAAACUUAUUUAACUUAGGCCUUUAAUAUGCCUGUGAAAUGACAUAAACCAGAAGCUGGCAAACUAUGGCCUCUGGCCCAGAGUCGGCCCACCACCUCUUUUUGUAAAUAAAGUUUUAUUGGAACACGGUCACACUCAUUCAUUUCAAUAGUGUACACGACUGCUUUGACACUGCAACGGCAAAGCUGAGUCGUCACUACAGAGACCACAUGGUCCACAAAUCCUAAAAUGUUUAUCUGGUCCUUUAUAGGAAAAGUUUCCUGAACACUGGUAUGUUCAAUUAAGAAAUGCUUGCUUCCAUGGCUGUCAGUCAAUAGCAACAAUCUUUUUGCCUUGUGGAAUAGCUCUAAAACCUUUUUUCGAAAAUACUGAUUCUUCCUUUAUCAUAGUAUUUUAACACAUGGCAUGACAAGUGGGCAGACUCAUGUAAAUGAGAAGGGCCCAAUCUACUCUCAGUUCUGAAAUCAGCUCAGUGUUAUGACUGAUUCCAAGUUUUUCUUUGUGAACUUUUUUUUCCCACUGUCAUUCCCUCUAUAAUAUUUCAGUGAACUCACGCUCACUCCAAAACUUCUUCUCCUAUCACCAAAACAUACCUUCUGGAAAAGAAUCUUCACGAUUCAUUCUUGCUAAAGUGUGAGGGACUAUAAGCUUAAGGAAUAUUAUCUUUCCAAGUACAGCAGUGUAUUCCUCCCUUUUGGGUUUCCCUACACCUUACAGCUGCCUCCAUCACAGCAUCUAGAACACCGUAUAUUGCAUUGUUUUACAUUUAUCUGCUUCCAGAAUCAAGACCUUCCCGAGGGCAGAGACCACUUGUUUAUCUUUACACCUCUGGCACCCAGUACCCAGCUAGAGUCUAUCUAUCUCCACAAAUGUCUAUUGAAGGAAAGGAUGGAAGGACGAAAGCAGGCAGGCAGGCAGGCUGGCGCACAGUGUUACUUAUCUCUCCCCAACGUAUUUGCAUUUUGACAGAGGACAUGACUUAAAGCCAAGCAAUGAAGCUGUGUUGGUGGGAUUUUAAACCUCAGGAAGCAAGUGGGAGAGAUUUGUAGGUAGGGAGACCUGCCUGGCACCCUUUAAAAUCUAUAUUCACAGAGCAUUGUCUGUCUCACCUAAUUUUCUGGUCAGCCCUAAAGCGGAGAAGGGAAACGUAAAUACUACAUCCAUGAGAAUAAAGACUAACCUUCCAGUGCUCAAAAAAAAAUAAGAAAAAAGAUAAAUAUAUCCAAAUUAGCAAGUGGGGCAACAUUAAUAAGAAAACCAAAAGACAAGGUGUUUGAAAUUCUAUCUCCAGGAAGAAACCAGACAAAAACAGUGAAUGCCAGGAAAACGUCCCCCAAAGCCAUCUUAGGCAGCAUAACGUGGUGUUGAGAGCCAUUGAACUCAAACUCCCUGGUCUGAGUUCCAUCUCUACUUCUCUCUGGCAGUGUGACCUUGGGCAAGUUCUUUAGCAAUUCAAAACCUCAAAGUCUUCAUCCGUGAAGUGGAGGUACAAAUAGUACCCAUCUAAUAAGGCUUUUGAUAUGAUUAAAUAGUAUAAGUAAGUAUUAGCUAUUAUUAUUUUUUUGAAAAAACCAUUUAUUCAUUUAUUUAUUCAUUACGUCCUUCUUAUAUGCAAGUCCUAGACUUAUUCUUUCUAAAAUAUUCUGACACCGGGGCUGGCCCAGUGGUGGAGCGGUUAAGUUCUAGACUGCUGUCUAGAAAAGGCAGCAGCCUAGAAAGACAGUGAGAGUUCUAGGCGGUUACCAGCAGCCACCCUGGUGCUCUAAACACGUGUGUGUUUGAUAACUGUUACUGAUUGAGUAAGGAGUCACAGCAUGGGGUAUUUUCCACACUGAUGAGACUCCAAAGACUGUCUCUGUUCUGCGUUCAAACUGAUGUGUCCUCCCAUCUAAUAAGGCUUUUGAGGUGAUAUGAUAGCCAGAAAAAAACAAUAGGCCAGGGCUGAGUCUUCCAUUUGUUCGCUCCACAUGGAUGAAGUGGCCACUAGGUACCAGGCCCUGGGCAGUGAGGCAGAGGUUCCCCAUCCUUCUAGAGGCUCCCCAUCCUUCUCAGUUGGAUUUCCAGCAAAUGGAACAUUUUGGUCGAAAGUUGAACCGGAAGCUAUAGUCAAACAUGAAAAGGAAAGUUCCCAACAAUCUUAUGAGACUCAUAAUGGAAAAACAUACCCCAGAGUUAACCAAGAGACUGCAGUUCCAUAAUUUGCAGUCAAGUUGUCAUUUUUCUGUUGAUUAUUUUAAAAAGGGAUUUUUUUUUAAAGAUUGUUACUGAUUCUUAAUUUCUUCUUCCUGUGUAAUCAGCCCAUAGUUAUAAGUAGGCAUUCCAAAUUGCACUAUAUUUCUUGCAAUGUGAUUCUUAAAAUAGAACACCUACAUUUUCUAGACCCACAAUUGCUGAACUUUUACUAUCAGACAAGGACUGUCGCGGCUGAGGAAUGAGGCCUGAUAAGGCUGCCUGAUAAAAACAACGACAACAACAUGGGGCAACAGUCAUAGCAGGGAAAAGAGAAGACUGAGCCCUCUCCAAAUUGUAGCACAUUCAGUAAGAUUUUUAUUCCAUUAGGACACUCUUAGCACUAUAGCGCAGUUGCUACCCCCAUAUUCUCUAGCAUUUUUCAUUAUUUUCCCUUAAAAUUUGUGCCUGGGAAUUAAAGGUCAGGGGUCCUUGGUUUAAGCUCAGUACAGAAGGAAUCUCUUAAAAAUACAGAUGAUGUAUUAGUCAUAUUUCUAAAGAAGGAGCUUUAAUUAUUCGUCUUCAAACGUUUCUGCUGAGAUAAAGGUCACCACAUAAUUACCGCUCCCACCCAAUGGCCACUGGCGGGGAAAAUGAGAGCAAAGCUCCUAGAUCCUCGAUUCACAGAUCAUGAAGGAUUUGAAGGGUCUCACUUACAGUUGUUUUCCACAUAAGGAAAGUGAGACCCAGGGAAGUGACAAGCCAAGGUCACGGGUAAUGAAGGUCAGAGUUGGGAAUCAGGGUUCAUAAGGUGAGACGGCCCCAGUGUCAGUUUCCUGUGGCUUCUCUAAUAAAUUACCACUAACCAAGUGGCUUAGAACGACAGAAAUGUAUGCUCUCACAGUUUUAGAACCCGGAAGUCCAAAAUCAAAGUGUUGGCAGAGCGGUGCUCCCUCUGAAGGUUCAGGGAGGACCUUUUCUUGCUUCUUCAUCCAGGUUCUUUGGCUUGUGGCUGCAUCACUUUAAUCUCUGCCUCCAUCUUCAUGGGGUCUUCUUUCCUCUGCAUCUCUUCUCUAGGUGUCUCUCACAAGUACACAUAUCAUUGGGUUUAGGGCCCACCCAGAUAAUCCAGAAUAAUCUCAUCUUGAGAGCUUUCAUUUAAUUACAUCGGCAAAGACCCUUUUUACAAAUAAGAGCGCAUCCCCAUAUACCAGGCGUUAGGACAUGGAUAAAUCUUUUGGGGGCCUCCACUCAACCCACUACACCCCUUGUUUUGCCUAAAGUAGUAACCAUCAUUACAUCAAUUUUAAAAAGCACUUUGUGCUUUAAAAUGGUUUAUAGUAUCUUUUUCUCUUCUUCUUAUUUCCAAGUUUUUUGGAGUCAGACUUGUGUACUUGAAUUUUGAAUUCCGGUCUGUCAUUCACAAAACACAACCUUAGAUGAAUUCCUUAUCCAUCCUUCUAAGCCUCAGUUUCUUCCACACUGUAAUGACAACAGUAACUUCCACCUCAUAGGGUGCUUGCGAAAAUCAGUAUGAUAACGCGUGUAAAGCACUUAACGGAGUGUCUGGUAAGAGCCGGUGCUCAGUGAGUGCCAGCUGAUGUCAAAUUAGAAUAAUAUCCAUCGAGACCAAUCUAUUCCUUACAAACUGUAUGCAUUUGAGGUCCACUGGGUGACACAUUUCCUCCAGCCAGAAACCUUUCUGGCACCAACAUGCCAGAGCAGGCUCAUUGUUGAGUGUUGACGCCCGGGUGUGUGGCCUGCUCAGCAGUGGGGGAGAAUUCUCUGGAUUCUCUGAAUUGUUGCUGUCCCAGCCCACACCAUGGACCUUCAGAUGUUCAGCAGAGGACAGAAUAAGGAGACGUUCUGGUAUCAGAAAGGAGACAAGAUUAUUCCAGCAACCAUGGGACCAGUCCCUUCGGAUCUGACCAGACUGGGGCAGCGCCACUCCGGGUUCCCUGAGCACAGGCGGAGUUCUGUGGUGCUCAACUUACCUGGACUUGAGGUGUUCCCCGGGGACCUUCUGGUGUCAGAUGGAGCUGCCGAUUAUCUGUGCCACCCACUUCUGCUGCUGAAUCCAGAAUCCAAAAAGCCAAGAUGGCCUUUCUCCAAGAGAGGAGUGCAGGGCAAAGACAAACACAAGCAUGUGUCUGAUCUGGAAAACUGCCUCUCCUCUGUGAAGAUUACAGACUUCAGGCGCUAUGAGUUCCACAGCCUUAAGGAUAAGACCUGGAAUGAAGUCAUGGAAACAUAUCAAAAACUUCCUACUGAUCAUUUAGACUUGAGAAAGCAGCAAGAGGCCAUGUGGGAACUUUUCACAAGUGAAUGCACUUAUUUCUUGGACCAUUUAUUAGUUCUUAAGAUGAUCUUCAUGAAUACACUAAGAUAUCUACAAACUCAUGACUAUCUCCCGGAUGUGGAUUUAUGGAGACUUUUUGCUAACCUGGAGGAGUUAAGCCAGACAAGCUUUAGUUUUGUGAAUAGUCUUUUCCGCAUCUUCAAGGACUAUGUUGACGCUUCUGAGACUCCACCAUCGAUGGAUUUCAUUUCUGUGCUCACGAAGUAUUUCCGAGGGAGCGUCUGUCAGAGCCACCAGACCUACUGCCUGAAUUACUCAGCCGCUGUCUUUUAUCUUGAGAGCCUGAGGCAGAGAGAUGACUUCGGAAUUUAUUUAAAAUGGUGUGAGCAAAAUGAACAGUGCAGACGGCUUCACCUGCCUGAGCUACUAGUGGCUCCACUACACAGGCUGACUCGAUACCCCCUGUUGCUGAAGAAUAUCUGGAAAAGGACUACCGACUCUACUGAGAAAAUCAUGAUCUACUCCAUCAAGGAAAAGGUGGAAAAGUCAAUCCGGGAUCUUGAAGGAAAAGUGAAGUGGCUUGACAAUUUCCAAAAAUGUAGACAUCUCCAGGAGAUUAUAGUGUGGCCUCCACUUUGGGAUAGAGAUAAAAGGUUUUUCAUUCCAGAGUGCCUGAGACACAUUUUUAAAGAACACAUGGCAGAAAACAUCUUGUCACCAACCAACAGACACCUUCUCUAUGAAGGAAAAUUAACUCUUGCAGAAAGCACAAGAUUCCUAGAUGUUUAUCUGUUUCUCUUCGAUGAUUUCCUCUUAGUUACAAAAACUAAGCGCAACAAAAAGAAACUCGGAGGCUCAGACGCUGGUCUAAUGUGUCCUUCACUUACUCCUGAGCUGCAAACAGUAAUAAAAGAGGGUGGUUCGUGCACGGUGCUCGACCAGCCCAUUCCACUAGAUAGACUGGUAGUCAAAAGUAUCGAUCCACUCCACGUGUCAGUCUUUGGGCUGAGAAAUGCUUUCCUUAUACAACAUGAAAACAGAUAUCGACAGUGUAUAGCAGCAUUCUUAUUACAAGCCCAAACGGAAAACAUCAAAAAAAUAUGGAUGGCACAAAUAACAGCAGCAAUCUCUUGCUUCACCAAGAGUCAGGAAACCAAGAAAAUAUCUUCAUUCACAUUGCCUGCAGAAUCCUCUGAAAUUUAGGGACCUAAAAUAAGUGGCACACCUUUUUAGACAUUAGGAAUUAAGGUAUUCUUUCAUUCAAACUUUUGUAACACUUAUCUAGUGAUGAGCUAGAAGGAAAUGUUCAUUUUAAAGGAGUUCCAAAAUUUGAGAAUUUGAGCUAGGAAAAUCCUCAGUAUAGAGGAAUAAUGACUACAAUAAAUUUGAACUCUGAGGAAUUUCUUGGCAAGCAUAUACUGAUAUCCAGACUUAGAAUGCUUCAUUUGGGCUUGCAAGAGGUGUGAGUGAAGGGUGAAGUAUGGUGCUAUUAUAAUUUGUAAAGGGUCAAUGAUCAUAUAAAUGGAAUGUCAGGAGUAAAACAAUGUCCCGCUUUGGGUCCAAUGUGAAUUCUAACAUCUUACUUUGUGUAUAUGUAUAAUGAAACCAAUUUUCCUACAUGGCUUAUAAGUCAUUCUUACUGCUUUAUAGUUCUACCUCACACACAGUGAUAAUUCUUUCGAUACAAAGUUUGAUUGCAGUUUUAAUAUAUUAAGCAAUAAAUAAGGUCUACCGUUUAAGAGCAGUUUUUAAAUUCCUAUUCUCCAACAGUUUACUUACCUCAGGUAUACUGUAUAAUACUCUAACUUGGAAGUAGAAAAUCCCAAAGACUAAAUUCCAUUAUUUUAAGAAAGAAAAAGCAAAUAUCUGUUCCAGUUUCACCAACUACACUUUUACCGGGGAGAUUUUCAUAGAAAUAGCAAGAUAUCUUAAAGUCUCAUUUUUUGAAGAAUGAGUUUGUAUAAAACUACUUUCUGGUUUUAAGUGGGGGAUGUGUGUGUGUGUUUUAGCGCAGUACAGUCACUUAAUUUUAUUUGGCAGGACUUGAAACUUCAUUAGAAUUUUUCAAGACAGGCAGCUUGAAUUAUGAUAUUAUCACGGUGGAAUAUACUAGUAACUGCAUUCAAGGAACUAGUUCUUAUGGUCAGAUUAUAUUUUCCCAAAUGGAAAUCCACAAAUUUUAAUUUCAGGCACAGUACCUCUUGCAAUAUCCAAAAUGGAAGUAGUAAAUUUAUCAACUUGGGCUGUAAGACAAGAAUACCUUAACUGAUUUCCUUAAGUUGGAGAACGGGAUAGAGAGGACGAUGCUUGCAGAGGUCAUGUGCACAGUUAAUUCUUUGAGGAAAAUGCAGAUUUCACCAUACAAGCCAGGCAGGACAGACAAGUGCAGCAUAUACGCUCUUGUGCAAGGGCCAGGCACUUUUAGAAUGGAGGGUCAAGUCUCUGUAUAAUAAUGUCAGACAUUUUUAAGAGUGAGUGAAAAUAAAAGGAAAAUCUGGAGAGCACUAACUAUUGUUAAUGUCUAAGAAUAAAUGAGAAAAAGAAAAAAGGCAAAGAAGGGGAGAAUAGACUUCAAGUUCAUUCCUAGAGAUGGGAUCUGGAGGGGAAUGAAAGCAAUUAUGUCCAGGAGAAGACAACACCGAUUUAUGCAACAGAAGAUUUAGGAAGAAAUUUCUGGCCAAAAAAUAUAUUUUUUGA